UGUGGUAACCAUGACUACAGCUCCUCCCACAGAGGUAGACUGUUCUGAACAUUAUGCCUCCGGACAGACGACCAGUGGAGUCUACAGCCUCGGCUCCGGUGUACAGGCCUACUGUGAUAUGGAGACGGCAGGAGGCGGGUGGACCGUGAUCCAGCGGCGCGAGGACGGGUCGGUUCCCUUCAACCGGACCUGGGAGGAGUACAAACUGGGCUUUGGGAACACGAGCGGGGAGUACUGGCUGGGGAACGACAACAUCCACCUGCUGACCAGCCAGGAGAACUUCACCCUGCGUGUGGAUUUGAUGGACUGGGGAGGUCAGACAGCUUACGCAGAGUACAGACUCUUCAGGGUGUCCGGUGAGUCGGACGGGUACCGACUGCACAUUUCCGGGUAUUCGGGCACCGCGGGAGACUCCAUGAGUGGCCUGUCCUCCAACAACGGGCAGAGGUUCUCCACUGUGGACAGGGACAAUGAUGCCUAUAGGGGUGUCCAUUGUUCCCAGCAGCUCGGAGAGGGCGGCUGGUGGUUUGAGGCCUGCGGCCUGUCCUACCUCAACGGCCGCUACCAGGGCAACUGUGGAGACUCCUGUCCGUACUUUCAAGGUGUGGUGUGGUACCCCUGGAGAAACGGGAGAUACUCCCUGAAGUCUGUGUCUAUGAAAAUCAGGCCAGCUGCAAACCAACAGGUCACACCUGAGGCACCACAGGUCACACCUGAGGCACCACAAGUCACACCAGAGGCCACACCUGUGGUAACCACGACUACAGCUCCUCCCACAGGUGAGUCUCACGAUCCUGAUGCUGCACGUGCUCUUGCCUUCCUCCUCUGACGUC